AUGUAUCUUUUACCUGUAGCUACCCGUCUUGCACUUCAUAGCAACGCGCGCGCGCCAACUCUCUUGAUUCAUCCUAAUCCAUCACCAAUCUCGCCCAUCGACAUCCAUCGUUACGCGUUUCACCCAUUACAAGUAGUCAAGCACAAACGAAAAAUCGUACAGCAGCUAUUACUACGGUCCACUGCUCGCGACUGCGCGCAAUCGCUCUGCGCCGCUCCCCUCCAAUCGGCGCUUGCACUCCCAUUGUUUCGCGACAGCCACACAAGAAUCUUCUUCACGCAUCACACCUCAUCGACGACCGUCAUCGCCAUGGCCGACUACGCCUCAUUAAAAGUGCCGGAGCUCAAGAAGCUCUUGGCUGAGCGCAAGCUUCCACAGACGGGCAACAAGGCCGACCUGGUUGCUCGCCUCCAAGAGGAAGACAGCAAGCCCGACGGCGAUUCAGAGGUCAAACCUGCUGCCAAAGACGAUGAGAUUACCUACAGCGACGACGAAGGUGCGAAGCCCACCACUACCACCCCCGCCGCUCCCGCCGAGGCUGCUUCCGCGGCUCCCGCUGCUGCUACCCCCGUUGCUGCGGCUGCGUCUGCGUCUACGGAUGCGACCGCAGAUGCUGCCGCGCCUGCUGAGGGCAAUGCCGUCGCCGCCGAGCCCGCCGAGCCCGCCGCGCCUCCUCCCUCAUUUGUCAUGGGCCUCUCCUCCACGACCGCCGAGGAAGAAGCCAAGAAGCGCGCCAACCGUGCGAAGCGAUUCGGCAUCGAACAGGACGACGAGGACUUUAAGAAGCGCGCCGAGCGCACCGCUCGAUUCGGCCUCGAGGACAAGGACGUCUCCGGCCUCGAUGCGGCUCUGCCCGAGCGGCCCCUCAAGCGCGGCCGCGGUCAGAACCAGGACGGACACCGGCCUGGAAAGCGCCAGAGCACAGAUCGCAGAGGGAACGACCGACGCAACGGCCGCCAUGGCCGUCAAGGCGGUGGCGGCGGCGGCGGCGGCAACGCCCAGGCAAGGGGCUCUCGUACUUUGCUUGAUCCUGCCGAAAAGGCCAAGGCCGAGCAGCGUGCUGCUCGAUUUGCUGCUGCUUGA